AUGUGUUAAGAAGCCAUUUUAACAUGGUUUAAAAAGAUUUUAAAUAUCAAUUGUGGAACACUCUACAUUGACUUAAUAGAUGGAAUUAUCGUUGAAAAACUCUUAAAUUAAUUCAAUUAAGAAUAUUUUCCUAUCAAAGCUGAAUAAUAUUCAGAUUCAUAAUUUGUAUUUAAUUAUGCAAGAAUCAAAUCCCUCAUUGAAAAUAUGUCAAACUUUAAUUCAACUCUUCAAGUCAUUACUCCUUUAAAAAUAGUAGAAGGGAAUGAUGAAAACGAGUUAAAUAAAUUUGUGUUUAACAUCAUCAAGGUAUUUCAAUCACAUAUAUAUAGAUUAGGUAAUCUAUGAGUGGGAUAAGGCUAAAGAAGCUCUAACUUAUUUAAGAAAUGAUCAAAUUUAAUAUAUUCUUGAUUUCUUUAAUAAAGAAGAAUUCGGUUAUCAAUAACAAAUAUUAUAUAAGUAAUUGAUUGAAUAUGAAACUAUCAAUAACAAAUAAGAGAUAGAAAUCAAUUCACUAUAAUCCAAAAUUUUAGUAUUAGAAACAAAUAUCCAAAAAUUAUAAAAUGAAUAAUCAAAUUUAAAAGAAGAAAAUAUUUCAUUGAAAAAUUGUAAGAAUAUAAUUUUUUAUUUUAUAUUUAGAAAUAGAAAAAUUGUAAAUGAAUGAAUUAGGACAAAAUUAGGAUAUUACAAUUAAUUUUUUAAAAUAAGAAUGUUUAAAUUUGUAAUUGAUUAUCAAUAAUUUAGAAAAAAGGAAUGAACUGUAUGAUACAUUCAUAUAUAUCUAGACAAUAAUAAUAAAUCUAAAUAUUAAUUUAGUUUGAACAAAAGUCUAAAGAUCUUGAAUAAGAAUUGUAAAAUUAAUAAAAUAAAAAAAUCAUUAUUGAUGAAUUGUAAGAAAAGAAUUAGAUAUUAAAGGAAUAAGUGAAAGUAUAUGAUAAUUAUUCAAAAGUCUAAAAAGAAAAUUUUAAUUUUAUUAAUUAUAAUACUACAAAUCAUAUAUAAUGUGAAUAAGAAAUACUUAAAUUAAAAAAUAUAAUUACAUAAUAAGAAUAAUAAAUCAAAAAUUAGUUUUAAAUUAAAUAAUAUACAUAAGAAACUCCAAAGAUUCCAAAACCUAAAGUUAAUUGUUUAUCAGAAUAAAAAUAAAAAAAACCAACUUGUUUUGAUGAUAAAUUAUAGAAAUAAAAUGAUAUGUUAAGAUAAAUUAUAUCUAAAUUUGAAAUUUAAUAAUAAUCUACAUUACAUUCUUUGAAUAAAACUUAGAGAGGGAAAUCUUUAAAUAAUUGA